UUUAAAUCCAAGAUGGCGAACACGCGCCGGAAAAAUGAUGGGGGUCCAAAUGCCAAGUUUUUUGAGUCCCAAGAGACAAUUGCACAAUAUGAUAACGUGCGGAAUUGGCUCCUUAAAAAUUGUAAAAAGUAUGUCCAGGCUGAUCCUCCCACCAAUAAGACUCUGGCCCAGUUAGUCUGCCAACUACUUCAGUUCCAAGAGGAUGCAUUUGGCAAGAGUGUCAGCAAACCAGCUUUAACUAAACUUCCUAUGAGAAACUUCAUUGAUUAUAAACCUGGUGGAGCUCUUUGUCACAUACUGGCUGCAGUCUUUAAGUUUAAAACUGACCAAGGAUGGAGGAGAUUUGAUUUCCAGUCCCCUUCAAGGAUGGACCGCAAUGUUGAGAUGUUCAUGCAAAUAGAGAAAAGUCUGGUGCAGAAUAAUUGCAUGAUCAUGCCGAAAGUCUUUCUGAUGCCUGAUCUCGACAAGAUUCUGGUGCCCACGUAUAAAGACAUUAUAAAGCGGCACUCUGGUACCAUUGUUACUGAUAAAAAGGAGGCAACACAUAUUGUCCAUAUUAUGCCCAUAUAUAACGAAGACGAGGAAUGGUGUCGACCACUGAUGAAGCGAGAUAAGAACACAUUGAUUCACUGGCUGUACUUCCCAGACAGCUAUGACACCUGGAUAGAGUCUGACAUAGAGUUCGACCCCCAGCCACCCCGUACUAAGGAACCCCCUUAUGAAGUUAAUGCAAGGUGGCUGCUUGAUCUUGAUGAAUUCAAUGAAUGGAUGAAUGAGGAGGAUUAUUGCAAUGAAGAUGAAGAUGGGAAAAGGAAGAAGAAAAGUAACCAAUCAAAAAUGACAUUUGAAGAUCUUAUUGCCAGCAGUGAUAAGAAAAAAGAGAAACAGAGGAAGAGGAAAAGAUCCCCGUCUCCAGCACCAGAUAAAAAGAACAAGAGGAAAAGUGCACGCAGCCCUGCAGUCUCAUCUAGCAAGAAACGUUUUUCCAAGGAGGAUGAGGAUGAUGAUCUCACUAAAGGGAUGGAUGACCCGUCUCCGGAGCCUAAUAUCACUGAAGUUCACCUACCCCGACAACCAUCGACAUCCCGAUUCCAGAAGGAUACAGACAUGAACCCAAUACGUGGGGGCAUUAUGAUGGAUGUGGAGGAGGAAAUGCCUCUUGACGGAAAGGCUGAGGAUGAGUCAUCGCAGAAGGCAUCCAGGUCAGGGACCCCUAGUGAUGAAGUGACUGGGAAACGUGACAAGCCGGAGGAACCAGAGGAGAAUGUAACAGAACAGACUCACCAUAUAAUAAUCCCCAGUUACACAGGAUGGUUUGACUACAAUGGGGUACAUGCUAUAGAGAGACGGGCAUUACCAGAAUUCUUCAAUUCUAAGAACAAGUCAAAGACUCCAGAAAUCUACCUAGCCUAUAGGAAUUUUAUGAUAGAUACAUACAGGCUGAAUCCCCAGGAGUAUAUUACAAGUACAGCUUGUAGGAGGAACUUGGCUGGAGAUGUUUGUGCAAUAAUGAGAGUCCAUGCAUUCCUUGAACAGUGGGGCCUAAUCAACUACCAAGUAGAUGCAGAUGCCAAGACAACAUCAAUGGGCCCCCCUCCCACAUCACAUUUCCACAUAGUAUGUGAUACACCCUCUGGUCUACAGCCCCUGAACACACCAAAGACCAACCAGCCAUCGGCAGCCAAGCAGAUCAUGGACAUGUCUGGGGGAACCAGGAAAGAUGAAGAAUCUGAUGAGAAAAAACAUUCUUCCACAUUUGGACUCAAAACUGAUAUUUAUUCUAAAAAGGCAUUAUCGGACAAAAGUGCGGCAACAAGAUCGAAGGAAUGGACUGACCAGGAGACCCUCCUGCUUCUGGAGGCUUUAGAAAUGUACAAAGAUGACUGGAACAAGGUCUGUGAACACGUAGGAAGUCGUACACAGGAUGAAUGUAUCUUACACUUCCUUCGACUCCCCAUUGAGGACCCAUAUCUCUCAACUGAUGGAGGACACCUAGGUCCUUUAGCCUACCAGCCAAUCCCAUUCUCCCAGUCAGGCAAUCCUAUCAUGUCCACAGUGGCUUUCCUGGCCUCAGUUGUUGAUCCAAGAAUCUCAAGUGCUGCUGCUAAGUCUGCUCUAGAGGAAUUUUCUAAGAUGAAGGAUGAGGUUCCUUCAACUCUAAUUGGUGCCCAUAUAAAGAAUGUUGAGACUGCCAUCAAGGAGGGCAAGAGUGUAGACUCAGAGUAUGGAAUAGACAAAAGUGGAAUCGCUGGGACUGGUGCAGACAAGGAAGGAGAGACUGCAACGGAUACUACUACUACUACUACUUCUACUUCUGAUGCUGGGGAGAAGAAGGAGGGAGAAGAAAAAGAAGAGAAAGUUGAGGGAGGGGACAACAAAGACAAAGAAAAAGAAAAGGACAAGGAGGAACCAAUGGAGACAGACAAGGAGAAAGAACCAGCAGAUGCAGCAACAGAGGAAAGUAAGAAAGAAGAGGAAAAAGACAAAAAGACUGAUGAUAAAGAGGAGACCAAGGAUGUGCCAGAUGUUAAGACUGAACCUGAAGAAAAAUGUGAAGAGAAAAAGGAGGAGACUCCAGCUGCAGAGGAGAAGAAGGGAGAAGAAGUUAAAGAGGAGAAGGCCCAAGAGGACAGCCAGGUGGCCAAACCUAAAGAUGGUUCCCUGACUGACAGCAACAUACAGACUGCUGCGGCAGCUGCCCUUGCUGCUGCUGCAGUCAAGGCAAAGCAUCUAGCUGCUGUAGAGGAGCGCAAGAUCAAGAGCCUAGUGGCAUUACUAGUCGAGACCCAGAUGAAGAAGCUAGAGAUCAAACUGCGUCACUUUGAGGAACUGGAGACAAUAAUGGAUCGUGAACGUGAAGCAUUGGAGUAUCAGCGUCAACAGCUUUUACAUGAGAGGCAACAAUUUCAUAUGGAGCAGUUGAAAGCAGCAGAGUAUCGUGCCCGCCAACAUGCUGCUCAACAGAUGGCGCUUGAUAAGCAGAAGCAGCAGAUGGCGAGUGGGGGCGGUGAUAAUAGUGAGUGUACUCCCUCAGCAGCUUCACUGGCUCCUCAAGGACCCCCACCCCCAAUCAACCCUAACAUGGCAACAGCAGCAGGCCCCAUUCAAGUGCCCACGCCUCCCCCAGCCUCAGGCACCCCUACCCCCAGUGAGAGUGGUGCACCUGAUACAGCUGCAAGUCAAGGCAGCCCAGAGCCAAUGGCCACAGAUUCUCCAGCAGUUCCUUCUCCUGCUAAGGUGUAAAACCAUAUUAAUAAUGGCGACAAGAACUAUUAAUAAUAGAACAUUCUAAUGAUGCAUAAUCCUGUAAGCAGGCAAUAUCCUCUAAUCUCUUUUAUACACGGAAUGUGCUAUCGGCAAAUUCUAUGUUUGUGUUUUUGGAAGAUAUUGACCUCUGUAUUAAGAACUUUUAGUGAAAUUGAACUUUCUUAAAGCAUGCAAUAUAGUGAGAAUCGAUUUAUCUCAAAAUAAUGAAGGAAUUGCUAGAUUUAUAUUUGUAUAAAGUGUAAAUAUUUGUAUGUGUACAACAUAGUAGUCCUACUACUGUAAAACUCUCUAUGAUUAUGUAGUAAAAGUCUAGAUGUAGAUGUCUUGGUAACAACUGUGAUUUAUUUUGUAAAAGUCAAUGUUGUAUUAUGACUAGACAAAUAUAUUCUUGAAACCAAUAAUCAAGUAGUUAAAUCAUUCAUUAACUUCAAAACUGGCUAUAGAUGGCUCCAUGUUACUGCGUUGGAGCAAUGAUAUGAUGAAUCUUCAGCU